GUAAUAUCAAUAAGGUUAGCCAUUAUAUUACUUUUUAUUAAACAUUUUCAUUUAUCAAAAACCCCCGUAAGAUUUAACUGAAUUAAAAGAUAAAUAGUUCUAAUUAAAUUAUAGAACAAAGCGUGAAAAAUGGUUCUUCUAGAACUUUUUAUCGUCUGUUGCGUAAUUAGUAAUGCUGCAAGCAGCUGUCCAGAUCAUAUUAAAUAUGGUAAGCCUCCACCAACAACUUGUCAAAAACCAACUGAUCCUUUAAAAAAACCUCCAUCCAAACUUGAAGAAUGGUUUACAGAAAAAGUAUUUAACGAUCUGUUUCCAAAAGCAAACUUGGGAUGGGGGCCAUCUGAUUGUCGCCCAUACAAUUACAAAGCAUUUGUCAUUGCUGCCAGGUAUUUUCCCAAGUUUGGAACAGAACACGUACUUACUGACCCAACUAAAAAACCACUUCUUACUAAGUACACUCCAUUGGAAACUUACAAAAGAGACUUAGCCGCUUUUUUCUCACACGCUGUACAGGAAACAGGAGAAAAUGAUGCUAACUUAUACAGAAUUCUCCCAAAAGAUAAAGCUCAUGAUUGUUUUUACAAAGGGGGAUUUUUUAAUUGGUUCGAAGGCGGUCCAAAUUCACCUUUUGUUAAAAAUGGAGGUUUGGAUCCCAAUGAUGGAGAAUUUUGUACUGCAGCUGCUCGCUACUGUGAUGAUGGAUCCAAUACAAAAUGGUUUUAUCCAUGCAACCCUUCUCAAUCUGGCAGUUGGUAUCAAGGAUGCUACUACGGUCGUGGAGCAAUUCAAAUCUCAUACAACUACAAUUAUGGACUUUUUAACCGCUGGUUAAAACAGCAGGGAAUAACACAUCAAGGAAAACCAAUUGAUGUUCUUGCAAACCCAAAUCUAAUUAUGACUAAAACUGAUCCACCGCUCAGCAUUAUGGCUUCUCUGUGGUUUUACAUGACCCCGCAAAGUCCGAAACCUUCAAUGCAUGAUAUUGUAAUCGGAAACUGGGUAUCAGCUGACGAUGAUUAUAGAGGAGGCGUUUUUGGCCCAACAUCACUUGUUAUUAAUAAUGAAUGCGGAGAUGAAGAUGCUGCUGAACCAGGUGGUGCUGGAGAAAGUAGAAGAAUCAAAGCGUUUCGAUGGUUCACAAAUUAUUUUAAAGUUCCGUUUAACACCGGUAAUUCAAAAACUCUUUCAUGCAAACUAUUCAAUGGUGGUUCACGCAAAUUUGCUUUUAAAGACGAUAGAUUUAUUGCUAAUUCUUGGGAUGCAAACUGGAAAACAUCUUGGGAUCUAUCAAAACCCUGUGAAUGUGCUAUGCAAAAGUAUCAAGGAUAUAUACCUGCUUAUGACCCUAAUAUCAUGCCUCAUUUUAGCGCCGAAAAUGCCCAAAACAAGGCUUGGUGCGAAGAACUAUAUCAGAAAGGUUGGGGAAACCAAGGUUGCGCAGCAUAUAAACCAAAGUUAUAGUUUUUUUAAUAUAACAUUUUUUCAAUAAAAAAAUUGAAAUGAAAAGAAA